AACGGAAAGGACCAUGGAAUACAAAGUGGGGGUGCUCCCGCAGCACUGGAUACUUUUAUCAUCAUCCAAGUUCCAACGCACCUCUCACUCUCUCCGUCCCCGAGUGGUGGUGAAGGCUGAGAGACAAGUGGUGGAAAUCUCAUAUGAAUGCGUGAAGAAGAAGAAGAAGAGGAGGCCAAUUAUGCAGGCGUACCUGUCGCUGGGACCCGCCUCCGUCGAUGGCGGCGGCGGCAUGAUCAGUCCCUGCGCCAAUCGUAGCCUCCUGGUUGGCCCUCGCCGCCGUCGUUGGGCCCCGGUUGUGGCAUCCGCCGCCGUUAACUGCGGUAAGAGCCACUACACCGUCCUCGGCAUCUCGCCCAGCGCUUCCUCCGGCGAUAUCAAGAAGGCCUAUCGUCUUCUCGCUCUCAAGUAUCAUCCUGAUGUUAGCAAGGAUUCACGAGCUGAUGAGGUUUUCAAGAACAUCCGUCUUGCAUACGACAUAUUAUCUAAUGAAAGAUCACGCAAUCGCUAUGAUCGAGCACUCAGAUUUCAAGAGGAUUCCAGCAGGCAAUCUAGAGGAAACUGGGGUUCCCACCAUGAGUUUGAGGAUGAAUUGAGGAUCUAUAGGUGGUCUGAUCUAAGGCAGCGAAUGCAGCGUCAGAAUUAUGGGGGAAAGUCCAAUGUCAAAGAGGAGAGUUCCUCCUUUGAUGAUGAAGCGGACGAGGUAUCCGAAGACGAAACCGCACAUGAAGAGAGAGGCCCCUUCAUCGAAGUGCUUAGAUCUGCAUUGCUCUCUCUGUUUUUGAUGCGGACCAUUGGAGCUCAAUUAUCACUCACAUUUAGUAGUCUAAUGGCUUUGCUUGACCAUAAGUUGGACGCUGGGUAUAAGGUGGGAUAUGUGAUUGCAUGGGUUUUGGGUGGGAGUGGCGGCGUUCUGCUUACCUUGUGCCUUUCAUUUGCCAGUUGGUUUUGCGGCAAAACCAGCAGCAGUGUAGUAACGCUAGUAGUUGUAGCCAUGUGGGUUGGCUCAAAUCUUGCGAGAUAUGCCCCAGUACCACAAGGUGCACUUCUUACCCUCUUGUACAUGUCUAUUAAGCUACAAACUGAUCGUAGUUAAGGCUAUUGCUGCCUUCCACAGCUGCUGCUGCUUGUAUUGUAAUGUAAAUUAUGGUGCUAAAUUGCCCUUCUUAUAGGAUAUUUGUACAUAAUCCUACAAUUUUCUAUGGUGCCAUAGAUUGUUAUAUUGAUAGUCUCAGAAAUUUAGAUGAUGCAA